AUGCUGUUCCAAUGUCCUAAGCUCACGCCAAUACAGACCAGGCUGCUGGCAUCGGCUGCAGCGCUGGCUCUCCUUGGACUCAUAUUCUGGUCGCUCUCGAACCCGCACUUUGCAUACGCGGCCGAACUGCCUGCGGAUGGCAGUGGAGGUGUAAGAGAUGGGGGAGACCACAACUGGCAUCGGAUAGAGGAAGCUCUUGCGCUGAACGUGGAGCUUGAUGCGCUGGAUAAUGGGCAUGCAGAGCAAGAGAAGAAGCCACGUAAGAGGGCUGAGGCAGAUUCGCAAAUUCAAGGGAACAAUAUUGCCAGCCCAUACACCGUGAGCGCAGGCAAUCAGACGUUGUUGAUGUAUCCGAAUCGAUACCUUACUGGAAACCAUACUGCGAAGGGCAAAGGCCUACCCAGCGACAUUGAGAAAAGCAAGCGUGCCACUAAGGUGAAGCAUUCUGAACUUCGCAAGAGGCAGGAUAGUGACAGCGAUAGGACCAUAUACAUAUCGGCUAAUACUUGCACGCAACCUGUAUGGAAUGGAAGUGAGCCACAAACCGAAGCACCACCACAAUUGACCUUGUAUGUUUCCACGAGUUCAGGCAAUACCGAUCUUGGACCAAACGCUGGCAACGAAUCGCAAAGCGUCUAUCCAUUCGUCAAUGGCUUCGUCAAUGCUUCAGUCGAUAAUGCCAGCGGAGACUGGUACAUGGCCGUUUCAGGGCCGUCUCUGCCAGACGGAUUCUCAGGAUCUUGGACGUACAGGCUUGCUGUAUCUAUCGAUGACUACUUCUACGCCGCGGAGAUGGGUGAUCCAUUUCUUUUCCAAGUCGACACCGAUUCCGACUCCGCAUUACUGGUCACAGACAACCUGACACAGGCCGACGCCUCAGAUCCUUUAUACACUGAAUGGAUGGACUUGGGCGCGCCGUUCAUCAUGUUCGCAGUAAACAACAAUCUCAGUGGAAUGAUGGGCCUGGAAAGCUCAUUCUGUGGCCUGCAGACCUUCGCUUCGGACAACCACCAGAUACAAGCGAAGCAAGAUGAUAUGGGAGGCAACACAACGAAUGUUCAGAUGGGCAUGAUCACUCGUGGCCUCGGUCACAAGCCAAAAGAGCAGUUCUUAGUCAAUGCUCUCAACUCAUCAAGCUCUUACCACGCCUUCCUCGCCAUGGAUGGCAAUUCAACAGCUACUGGAGAUGGCGUGGUUGGCGGAGGCGGCAAGGUUUGGGCACCUGUCCCUUUCUCCACCAAAUCAGACGGAAACUGCCAGCUGCUCUUCAAUCUCACAUUUUGCGACGAAGUCGCAUAUGCAGUCCCAGCCAACCCAAGCAACGAGGAAGUCUCAAGUUUCGAGGCCCUUCAAAACUUCUACGAGGACUAUACCACCAGGUGGUACGCACCAUUCAACCGAACCCUCGCCCAAGUCGCAUGCAACACAACCUCAGACGCCCAAUACUCUCUAGCAAGAAACUGCACAGAAUGCGCAGCAGCGUACAAAGAAUGGCUCUGCGCCGUCUCCAUUCCCCGCUGCGAAGACUUCUCCAACCAAGCGCCCUACCUUCAACCCCGAAACGUGGGCCAGAAAUUCUACAACAACGACUCCAUGCUCGACUCCGACUUCCUCCUGUCAAAUUACGUUCCCAUGACCAAGGCCCCAACGCUCGAAGGCAGUAUUGCCUACCAACAAACCUACAAUUGGUCUUUCGCGACCAAUCGUUCGAGGAAUCAAAUGAUUGAUGAAGUCAUACGACCGGGACCGUACAAGGAGGUCUUGCCGUGUGAAGAUUUGUGUUAUAGUUUGAUGCAAUCUUGUCCGGCGAGUAUUCAGUUUGCUUGUCCGUAUCCUGGGAGAGGGUUGGAGGUUAGUUAUGGGAAGAGGAGUACAAGUGGUUUGACUUGUAGUUAUCUGGGAGCUGUGUAUUAUUUCAAUGAUGCCAGUGGACCUUUGCGGAGUGUGGGGGUGGCGUUGGUUGUUGCGGGAAUGGUUGGAUUGGGAUUGGUGUUGAUGUGAUUGUGACUAUGAUGAAAAAGGACCGUGUGGCGUUUAGAUGGGAUCCUCUAGAUGUUUUAUGCGCAAGAUCAGAUAGAAGGUGAAGAAGAACGAAUGAAGGAGAGAUUACAGCGUCCAAGAUCGCCGUCGUUAAUAAUAAAAAGGCGCUAUGUAAUGCGAUUCUGUGCUUUGUUGUACGCAGAAGAUCAAGAAUCGUUCUCAUGUC